UGAUUUGUUUCAUCAACAAACAACAACGAAAAAAUUCAUUCAUCAUCGAUCCGAUUUUGUGAAAGUUUUUCUUCGAAAUUUUUUUGUGCGUGCCAGAUUCAAUGUGAAAAAAGUGACAAAACAGCAACAACAACAUAAAACCGGGAUAAAAUAUUUAAAUUUUUCGGUCAACCUGAACAUUUUGUUAAUUGUUUUGUGUUUUACCUGCGAAAAAAAAUAACCAUGUACAAGAUUUUUUUCAUUCUUAUCGGUACAAUAUUACCAUCAUCAUUUGGUUAUGGUUAUGGUAUGAGUGGUAUGGGUGGUAAUAGUGGUUAUACAAAACGUAGUACUUAUGGUGGUGGAAGUAGUAGCCACGGAUAUGAUAAUUAUCAUGCACCACAGCCAUAUAAAUUUGGAUAUGAUAUUAAAGAUGGAUAUGGAGGUGGCCUUUAUCAAAAAGAAACUGGUGAUGAAUAUGGUAACAAAAAAGGAAGCUACGGUUAUACAGAUAGUUAUGGUAUAUAUCGUCAAGUUGAUUAUGUAGCAGAUAAAAAUGGAUUUCGUGCAACGAUUAAAACAAAUGAACCAGGAACGGCCAAUCAAAAUCCAGCAUCAGUUUAUAUUGAUUCAAAUGCUCCAGCCGUUCAAUACGCAUCAGCUGAAAAAUAUGGUUCAUCCGGAUAUGGGAAAAAAAUCUCAGCAUCAAGUAGCGGUGGAUACGGUAGUGGAAAUAGUGGAUAUAGUGGCAGUAUGACUGCUGCAAGUAGCUAUAUUAAAUCAUCACCAACUUAUUCCGAUGAAUCAACGAAUAAUGGUCAAUUUGGUUUAUAUAAAUCAGCAUCACAUUCAACACCGCAAUAUUCACCAGCCAAAACAUCCGCCUAUAAACCAACAACAACAUCAACAAUAAUUGAUAAUGAAAAAAUCAAAGCCAUUAUAGCUGCAUUAUCAUCACCAUCAACAUCAGCACCGAUUUAUCAAAUGCCAGCAUAUUAUAUGGAACCAAAAACUGUUUAUAAAAAUAUACCAUAUAAAGCAUCGGCAUCCAAUCCAGUACCAAUAUUGAAUAUUGAUGCUGAACAAAUUCAACAAUUAUAUGGCCAACAUUCAUUAUAUCAACCAGCCAAAUCAAUCAAUCAAUAAACCUAAUCAAUCAAUCAAUUCUUGAUAUCAAUCACCUUCUCUAUCUCUGAUGAUAUU